ACAACCAAGACGCAGCUUCAGUCGUUUCGUGAGCUUGUUUCCAUCCACUCUGUUCAAAAAACUGCUGCUCUUGACUCACUGACCUUAAUUUUAUUCGCACUGUUCCUACGUUCGAUUCCGGACAUCCAACGUAAUGAGAUUCAGAAUUCUUUACGCGUAUUUGCUCUUACAAGUGACUGUUAAGUCUGAGGAAAAGUGGAAAUGGUCCUCAUCAAGCCCAUCGAUUUCUUCAACGGAAGCCACCGUAGCAAUCACAAGCCAGCCAGAGCGUAAUUAUCGAUAUACUGGACUAGCUACAGCAAAAUUAGUGGAAGCAGACUCUUAUAACACUCCAACCACCGAGCAUGUGGAGAAAUAUGCAGUGGCUACUAUACAAGAAGUGAGAGAUGACAGCAGUUACAGCUCUGCCGAAAUCCGCACGUCGGUCAAUGACACGUAUGAAGUGGUUUACGACGAUGCCUACGUCCAGAAGAGUUUGCAAGAAGCCAAGGAUAAUGAAGCUCGCAGUCAUUUGAAAGAGAAACUCUGCAGACUCGGCUUAGCAAAAGAGUGCAUCUCAGUGGAUGCGAAAUCGUACGACUUUGGUAUCCAUCCCAGCUCUAUUUCAUACGUCCAGCCUGUAGCUAUUGUAGCGGUUGGAGAGCCCAUUCCAGCUGUUCCACUUGGUUUUGGCCAGCAACGGGCAUUAAAACACAGCAAAAGCUCAUCUAGCAAAUCGAAAGGGCAUCCUGCCAGCAGAUUUGGAGGUCCGUCUUUGCUCCCGAUUGGCCCUUACGGCGGUAAUGGCCUGGGUGGUUAUGGAUCAUUCGGUAGUUUAGGAGGUAUAACAUCGCAACCCAUACCCGCAAGACUUCCACCAGCUCCUGUACAGCAUGUCCAUCAGCAUCAAGUAGUGGGAUCUCCUCAAAUCAUAUCACCUCCUUACAGCGCUCCUCCGCCAGCUGCUCCUGCGGUCUACCAAUCUCUACCCUCUUACAAUCCUCCACCCACGGUGUAUCAACCAUCUCCCCCACCUUACCAACCUCCUCCCCAAGUUUAUCAACCUUCUCCUCCAGCUUACAAUCCUCCACUCAGACAAGAGUACAACAAUCCGGCCCCAGCAGUUUACAAUCCUCCACCCAGACAAGAAUAUAGCAAUCCUGCUCCCGCAGUUUACAACCCUCCACCAAGACAAGAGUAUACCAACCCUACUCCCGUUUACAGCCCACCUCCUUCACGGCCUUACAAUCAAAUUUCAUCGCAGUCCUAUAAUAAUGGAGGAAGCUCUUACGCUCAGCGGGAGCAAUGCUAUUGCGUUCCGGUGGAUCAGUGCGCAUCCUACGAUAUCGUUGGACGCGAUGCACGAAACUAUGAAAUAGAUCCGCGAUCCAAACUGAAUUCAACCAUUGUUCUCGAUUACGAUAUCGUUGUCAAACAGCCGGAAGAAAGGCAAUAUGUUUCCGGUUCGUCAAGUGAUGCAAUCCGUCCCCGCCGGCAGCCCUCGCAACGAAGGCAGGACGUUAGCAGUCCAGGGCCCGAAGGACCUAGUCCCGUCACUUCUGAUGCUGCAGUCGGAAAAUCUGAAGAACUCUUAAGAGAUGUUACGAAAUCAAUCGGCUCGAUUCGACAGCAAAAGUCGAUCUACGGUGGGCCGUACGGAGAGGAGGGCAACGUUGAGAAUCGCCAACGAAUUAAGAGAGCAGAUGCUUCAUCGAAUGAAGUCUCCCCUAGAACCUACGAUUACGGCAAGGGGUUUAAAAAAGCAUUUGGUAAAGGCUACGCUGUUCCCUUUCCAGUAGCAACACCUGUCGCUGUUCCGCAACCAUACGGAGUGCCUUACGCCGUGCCCCAGCCAGUACCCGUUGCCCAACCAUACGCUGUACCGCAACCUGUACCCGUUCGAGUUCCCGUUGUCCAACAUGUCCCCGUUCAAGUUCCUGUCGCUGUUCCAGUAAGAGUAGAAGUGCCCGUCCACGUCCCAGUCCGUGUCGAAGUUCCAGUGCGUGUAGAUGUCCCUGUGCCGGUAGCAGCACCUUACCCAGUGCCUGUAGCUUACGAACAACCGAUUCAAGUUCAUCAUCAUUAUCAUCGUCAACAUCACAUUCCUCCCCCACCAUACGUUCCUCCACCAGCUCCUUAUUAUCCUCCGAAAGCGUCCGUCUAUCAGCCUCAACUACAUUCGGGCCAAGAGACUUACAGUUCCCCAUCUUACGGUACCCCCACUCAGGGUUAUAGCGGUCCAGUACCUAAUUAUGCCACAGCUUCGGCCAGUUACGGACAAUCUCCGUAUUAUGGCUCUGAAGUGAAAGAAGCGUCGGCUACAGGCCCUAUUCCACAAACUCAUUAUGCAGCAGCGCAGGGAAGUUAUGGGACGGCGCAGGAAACAACUGGCUAUGAUUCAAUCACCGUGCAAUCCGCUGCCGUUGGUAAUCCGGACAACAGCUUGCGUGUUUCGAGAACGAAUGAAAGGCCCAGAACUCGUAAUAGUGGGGUUCGUUUUAUCGAUUCACGAUCGGAUCAAAUUGAAAGCUCCUCCUCUCCUGGCUCGCCAAAGACGUCUUCUGUUAAGUUUGAGAAUUCAAAGAGGAAGAGAUCACCUCAGAGAAGAGAUUUCCUCGAGAAUGAAGGCAAACAAACGUCUCAAAUCAAUGGGAACACUGACGGCCGUCAACUUGGCGGAUAUCAAAGCUGUAGUUACCCGCAGGUCUGUUGCCGCAGUCCACCAAAAACGAACAGAUAUUCGAAUGGCGCACCACCGGGUACGUGCGGAAAACGAAAUCCGCAAGGUGUGAACGGCCGGAUCAAGAGUUUGCCUCACGCUGAUGGUGAAGCUGAAUUCGGCGAAUAUCCAUGGCAAGUGGCCAUUUUGAAGAAGGAUCAAUAUGAUAAUGUCUAUGUUUGUGGAGGAGCCCUUGUUGGCCCUUCUCACAUCCUCACUGUGGCUCAUUGCAUCAAAGGCAACGCUCCGCGUGAUUUACGAAUCCGAUUGGGCGAGUGGGAUGUCAAUCGUGAGACGGAAUUCUAUCCUCAUAUUGAAAAAGAUGUAAUAUCAGUCAUUAUUCAUCCGGAAUACUAUCCGGGUAAUCUCUAUAACGACAUUGCCGUUAUCAAAUUCGAAGGAGCUAUCGACUUUGGUUACAACCCACAUAUUGCACCGAUUUGCAUACCACAACGAUAUCAAGAUUUCACUGGUUCUCGCUGUUGGGUUUCCGGCUGGGGUAAAGACGCGUUUGAAACCGGAGGCAAAUACCAGAAUAUUCUCAAAGAAGUGGACCUAACUGUGGUCGCUAAUUCCGAAUGCGAAAACAAACUACGUCGGACACGACUCGGAUAUGAAUUUAAAUUGGAUCACGGCUUCCUCUGCGCCGGAGGUGAAGAAGGCAAAGACGCUUGCAAGGGCGAUGGUGGCGGUCCACUAGUUUGCGAGAGUCAAGGUAGCUGGUUUUUGGCCGGCCUUGUCAGCUGGGGUGUAGGUUGCGGUCAGUACGACAUACCUGGAGUGUACAGCAAAGUAUCAGAGUACUCCGAUUGGGUUAAAAAAAUGGUCGUCUUCUAAAUCUUAAUGUGCAAAUCUGAACCUGAUUGUAAACUAUUAUUAAAAACAAAAGCAAAGUGGCUGGGCAUUGAAGUAAUCUUUAAAACGAAUCUCUCCGUUUUUAAAGAACACAAAUUUUAAGUGUAAAUUGAAGAAAACAUUUGAACUGAUGGUGUACUAAUUUUAUACGUCGUAAUAAGUAAAGGAACAUACGUGUGAAACAUAGACUCCGAAGACUGAUCUUCCCCGUUAGUGGCUGGGCCGCACUAAAAUGCAAAAAUUUGCUUGGUUGCAUUUUAGUUUUAUUAAUCUAAUGAAAUUGAACUAAAGAAGUCUCAUCUCAUGCAUUUCACUGUUGUUCUAGUGCCACUGAAUACAAACAAAAAAGCGGAA